AGGAGCGGGCUCUGUGCUCCAGGUACGCGCUGACACGGGGCGAGCGCGGCUGUGCUGGCAGCAGCAGCCAGGAGAGCUCCGGCCCCGCUGGCUCUGUGCUGCUUGCAGAUGUUGCCUCCUGCCAAGUCAAAAUGGAAAUUAGUCCCUACCUGAGCAGGUUGGAGGAGGAAUGGACUACAAAGCCAAGGCCGUUGCAGGUCUCCUGGCAGCCACCUGUGUCUUCAGCAUCAUUGCCCUCAUUCUGAGUGUUGUGCAGGUGAAGAACGUGUUCCUGCCUCCCAGCACCAAGUACGGGCUGGUGUUCGACGCCGGCUCCACACACACGGCUCUCUACAUCUACCAGUGGCCUGGGGACAAGGAGAACGGCACCGGCAUCGUCUCCCAGGUGGAGGCCUGUGCCGUGUCCGGACCCGGCAUCUCCAGCUACGCAGACGACCCCGCUGGGGCUGGAGCCAGCCUGAAGCCCUGCCUGGACAAGGCCAUGGAGAUCGUCCCGGCAGAGCAGCAGCGGGACACCCCCACCUACCUGGGGGCCACAGCGGGGAUGCGGCUGCUGAGGGAGCAGAACAGCACCAAGGCCGAUCAGGUCUUCGCUGAGAUCGCCAAAGCCAUUGGCGAGUACCCCGUGGACUUCCGCGGAGCUCGGAUUCUGACGGGGAACGAGGAGGGUUCCUUUGGCUGGAUCACCGUCAACUACCUCCUGGAGACCCUUGUCAAGUUUUCCUUUGCAGAGAAAUGGGAACACCCACAGGACACUGAGGUUCUCGGAGCUCUGGACCUUGGAGGUGCCUCGACACAAAUCACCUUCCAGCCUGGAGUCACCAUUGAGGACAAGAACACCUCCGUCUCCUUCCGGCUGUACGGCACCAACUACUCCCUGUACACCCACAGCUACCUCUGCUACGGGCAGACCCAGGCCCUGAAGAUGCUGCUGGCAGCUCUGCACCAGGGCAACCUGUCUUCCCAGCACAUAUCACACCCCUGCUACCCCAACGGAUACCAGGAGAACGUCACCACAGCAGAACUCUACAACAGUCCCUGUGUCCAUGCACCAAACACAUCCAGCCCUGCGCAGGUCCUCACGGUGACGGGGACAGGGGACCCAGUGGCGUGCAGCAUCGCUGUCCAGAAACUCUUCAACAUCAGCUGUGGGGCCAACAGGACGUGCGGGUUCAACGGGGUUUAUCAGCCACCUGUGCGGGGACAGUUCUUUGCCUUUGCUGGGUUCUACUACACCUUCCACUUCCUGAACCUGACCAGCCAGCAGUCUCUAAAUGAUGUCAAGCUCACAGUCCAGGACUUCUGCAAGCGGCCCUGGGCAGAGCUGGUGGAGACUUUCCCGCAGCAGAAGGGGAACCUACACACAUACUGCUCUGUGGCCAUUUACAUCUUGACGCUGCUGUUCGAUGGCUACAAGUUCGACGAGCACACGUGGAGCAGCAUCCAGUUCAGGCGGCAGGCAGCGAACACUGACAUCGGGUGGACACUGGGCUUCAUGCUGAACUUCACCAACACGAUCCCCACCGAGGCUCUGGAACACGUCAAGGGGCACCAGCCCAGCCUGUGGGCAGGCGCCGUCUCCUUCAUUGUGCUGGCCAUAGUGGCAGGCCUGGUGGCCGCCCUCCUCCAGUGCUUCUGGAAAAACAAGUAGCUCCCAGCCUCCUGCCCACUGAACCAGGCAGGGAAGUGGUGAAGAAGGAGGAAGGGGGAGAAGAAUGAGGGCAUUAUACCCACCUCCAUUGCUCAGGAGGUCUAAGUGGGUCAUCUCUGUAAAGGUAUUGAACAUGACAAAGGUCUCUUGAGGUCUCCAAGUACUCCAAGAGGAAAAGGCUCUUGACUCCAGAAAAGACUUCAAUCUGCCUGACAAAGGCUGACUGAGACCCAGUGGCUAGAUGAAGCCAGAUAAAUUCAAACUAGAAAUAAAAUCCUUUAUUUGUUUUUCAA